UUUUCUUUACUGUCUCAAAAAAAAAAAAAGCUCUCUUUGUUCUUCGUCAGAGAGAGUCCACGGGUUGACAGUUCCACUCCUGCUCUCUUGGAGGCUUGGAGAUCAAUCGAUGGAGCACGUCCAGAUCCCGAGAGUGAAGCUGGGAACCCAGGGCCUCGAGGUGUCCAAGCUCGGGUUCGGGUGCAUGGGCCUCACCGGCGUCUACAAUGCGCCGGUCGCCGAGGAAGACGGCGUCGCCGUCGUCAGGCGAGCGUUCGAGGCCGGCGUCACCUUCUUCGACACCUCCGAUGCCUACGGCCCGCACACCAACGAAGUCCUUCUGGGGAAGGCACUGAAGCAACUACCUCGUGAGAAGGUACAAGUGGCCACCAAGUUCGGCAUUGCAGGAUUUGAUGCCAAUGGCAUGCUUGUGAAGGGCACUCCGGAUUAUGUGCGUGCAUGCUGUGAAGCAAGCCUUGAGCGCCUUGCUGUUGACUACAUUGAUCUGUACUAUCAGCAUCGCAUUGACCAGUCAGUACCCAUAGAGGAAACUAUGGGAGAACUAAAGAAGUUGGUGGAAGAAGGUAAAGUUAAAUUUGUUGGCUUAUCUGAGGCCAGUGCUGAUACCAUUAGACGAGCACAUGCAGUUUACCCAAUCACCGCAGUGCAGAUGGAGUGGUCUCUAUGGACCAGGGAUAUAGAGGAAGAAAUAAUCCCGCUGUGCAGGGAGCUUGGCAUUGGAAUUGUUCCAUAUAGCCCAAUUGGCCGUGGCUUCUUUGCUGGCAGGGCUGCUGUACAGAGCAUACCAUCUGAGAGUUGGCUGACUAGACAUCCAAGGUACAAUGGGGAAAACUUGGAGAAGAAUAAAGUUUUCUACACACGAAUUGAAGAGCUUGCCACCAAGUAUGGCUGCUCCCCUGCUCAACUUGCUCUCUCCUGGGUUCUUCAUCAAGGGGAUGAUGUUGUUCCAAUCCCUGGCACAACAAAAGUGAAGAACCUUGAUGAUAACAUUGGUGCUGUAAAGGUAAAGCUGAGCAAGGAAGACCUGAAAGAAAUCUCAGCUGCUGUCCCUGCUGGCGAGGUGGCUGGGUCCAGACUUAUUGGAGUACUGGAGCCUUAUUCUUGGAGGGUUGCAAACACUCCACCUCCAAAAUCAUUGUAAAUAUUAAGAUGCAAAUUAAAAUAUACUCUAGCUAUGCUAUGUUUUAUUUCUUUCUAGCCCCAUUGGAUACUUAUUCAAGGCUUAAUUUGAACAAACUAUGUUUGUCCAUGCCCAAGAAAAGAUUGUGUAUUUUGGGCAACAGAUGUUAUUGGUGUUGUACUGCUGUGUGCAAUGUAGUGAUUGCUUUACAUUAUCAAAAAAAUAUAUGUCAUAUUGAUGUUAAACUCA